AUGGCUCUCGGCGCCCAGUUUCUGGCCAAGCCCUGGCUGCCCAAAAAAUUGCGGCGAAUUCACGAGGCCUGUGUCUCAUUCCAGCCGUAUAUGAAUGAUCUUUACGAGCAAGAAAAGCGCCUUCAAAACUGCCAAAGUGUCGACGGCACGGCCAGGGAUGGCAACCUCAUGACAGUCCUCGUGCAGGCAUCAACAAAGGAGCAAAAAGCAUCGUCGUCGACCACGGGAGGGUGGAGCGAGAAGGAGAUUUACAGCAACAUAUUUGUUUUCAACUUUGCGGGCCACGACAGGACUGCGCACACCCUGACAUUCAUGGUUGCCUUCCCUGCUUCCAAUCCCGCUGCACAGGAUUGA